UCACGCUCCUGGGAACCAAGCGGUCAAACUAUCAGUAACAGUUGGACUACUUUGCUGUGGGAAUUCCUGCCUUGGGGUUGAAAUACUUUUGUUAAAUUUUAUUUGCUGGGACAAGCUUAACUAAUUGUCGGUCCUGACUCAGUCGUGUGUCCCGGAGCGUACGCGGUAUACCUGUGUGGAGCAAAUGUGUCAACGGGCGAGCAACGGUUUCCGCUCGAGCCGUGUUGUGAUGGCUAGCCGUCGUCGCUAGCAGGCUAGCUAGCUGUAUGUAUGGAACUGCUGCAAAAAGAAAGCGAUAAUUAGCUUGCAAAGCAGUCAACGUUUGCUUGCUGGUGUGUUGUGUUGACAGUUCGCCUCCUCUUAACACUGCCGACGAGGAGACGUAGCGGAUAAUGCGUUGGAUAUUGCGUUGGAUAUCACGUUAAGGAAGAUCACCAGAUGGAAAUAUCACAUUAAUACCAAGGGGAUUACUCAUCAUGCCUUUCAACAUUAUGGAGUGGAUUUCUUCAUAACACCAUGCGCAAAUCAAAUCUCGACCACUGCUGCAGAGAUUUCAUGUCCCUGUAUCUGGAUAUAUCAGGCCGUUUUUAAUGAUCGUCAGCGCCGACUGGAUGUGCAGUCUUAUCUUUUUUUUCUCCCACUGUGCUUCCGGUAAAACAUUAAUUAUGUGUCUACACGGGUUGGAUAUGCUCAGAUUCCUAUAAACACUAGCGUGAAUUUGUGCGAAGGAAGCCCAAAGAAGGAAGUCCAGGACGGGAUAGGUGCACAGAGACUACCCGCUCCCAAAGAAACAUGGCCUCGGUUUGGAAGAGAUUGCAACGUGUGGGGAAGCAUGCAUCUAAAUUCCAGUUUGUGGCUUCCUAUCAGGAACUGAUGGUGGAAUGCACUAAGAAAUGGCAACCGGACAAACUGGUGGUGGUCUGGACGCGCAGGAGUCGGAGGAAAUCCUCCAAGGCCCACAGCUGGCAGCCUGGCAUCAAAAACCCCUACAGAGGAGUGGUGGUGUGGCCUGUCCCGGAGAACAUAGAGAUCACGGUCACACUUUUUAAGGACCCCCAUGCAGAGGAGUUUGAAGACAAAGAGUGGACAUUCGUCAUUGAAAAUGAGUCUCCAUCAGGGCGGAGGAAGGCCCUGGCUACCAGCAGUAUAAACAUGAAGCAGUACGCCAGCCCCAUGCCCACACAGACCGAUGUCAAGCUCAAGUUCAAGCCGCUGUCCAAGAAGGUGGUGUCGGCCACGCUGCAGUUCUCCCUCUCCUGCAUCUUCCUCCGUGAGGGAAAGGCCACUGAUGAGGACAUGCAGAGCCUGGCCAGCCUGAUGAGCAUGAAGCAGGCCGACAUCGGUAACCUGGACGACUUUGAGGAGGAGAACGAGGAGGACGAGGAGAACAGGGUGAACCAGGAGGAGAAGACUGCCAAGAUCACAGAGCUCAUCAACAAGCUGAACUUCCUGGACGACGAGGAUCAGGAAGUGCCUCCCGCCUUGUGCUCAAAUCCCUUCGAAGAUCCUGAUGACGACCUUCAUCCGAACCACCUCAACCCGUUUGAUGAUCCUGACGACACAGCCCAAACAGAGCCCCCUGCCCAGCCGGUCUUAAGGCAGCGGGUUGAAGAUACCUCCUUCUACGACCACGAUUCCUCGAAUCCGUUUGAUGACCCGGAAGAACCGGAGACAGAAACGGCUCCGGGGAAUCCCUUCGAAGAGGCCGACCCCGACACGGACCUCCAGCCGGACCCAGAACCCCCCAAACCCAGGCAGAGGAAAGGAGUCCGGCCUGUGGACAUGAGCAAGUACCUGUACGCAGACACAGCGCGGGAGGAGGAGGAGCAGCUUGAUGAAUCUAACCCGUUCUACGAGCCAAGAACAUCGAGCCCCGAGCACCCCCCCGCUGGUAGCCCCUCUCUGGAUGUGGGCAGCGGCCAGAAGAGGAGGGCCCCCCCCGCCCCCAGCUCCAGCUCUGGCCUGGGCCCCAGCACCCCCGCUCCCAAACCCAGCGCUGGACCAGACAGAGAGAGAAACCAGCCGGUCGGGCCCAGCCCAGUCGCCGUGGUGAUGGGGAGAGAGCUGGCCUCCUCCUCCCCCAAGCCCAGCCCCAUCCCGAGCCCGGUUCUGGGAGGGAAGCCCAACGCCAGCCAGUCUCUGCUGGUGUGGUGCCGCGAGGUCACUAAGAACUACCGCGGGGUCAAGAUCACCAACUUCACCACGUCCUGGAGGAACGGCCUGGCCUUCUGCGCCCUGCUGCACCACUUCAGGCCCGACACAAUAGACUACAAGUCGCUCAAUCCUCAGGAUAUUAAAGAAAACAACAAAAAGGCUUACGAUGUUUUUGCGAGCCUGGGUAUCUCCCGUCUCCUGGAGCCGUCAGACAUGGUGCUGCUGGCCAUCCCCGACAAGCUCACGGUGAUGACCUACCUGUACCAGAUCCGCGCCCACUUCUCUGGGGAGGAACUGAACGUGGUGCAGAUCGAGGCCAACAGCAGCCGCAGCACCUACAAAGUGGGAGACUUUGAGACGGACACCAACGCCUCCAUCGGUCAGGACAAGUUUUACGCUGAAAUCAACGACGUGCAGCACCACCAGGCUAACUCUGAGCCCGUAGACGCCGCUGGUGAAGUGAACCCAGAGUCUAACGGCACGAAAGCUGCUGAGGAAGAGGUGACGGAGCCAGGCUGGAAGGCGGAGGUAGGAGCGGCCAGCUGUCCAGCAUCAGGCUCUUUAAAGUCUCCUCCAGUCCCAUCGCCGCGCACAGCGUUAGCCGCCUCAGCAACAAGCUCUGAGGACAGGGGGAGUCUGCUCAAAGCCAAAACUUUAGACCUCAGCGAGUUACCUCACAGGGAGACGGAGAGACAGCAGCAGGCGGAGGAGGGGGGAGAGGAGAGACGGGAGGGGAGUACAGAGCCAGGGUCCCCCACCAGGAGAGGGGCCUCCCCGCCCCACCAGAAACUGGGCUUCUCCUAUAACAGGGACGCAGACCUCAUCAAGAAGAAGAGGGCCAGCCUGCGUCACUCCGAGUCUGAGCCCGCCUCAGAGAGCACCCCCCCUCCCGCCAACCACACAGACAACACCCCCAAACAGGAGCCAGCACCUGUAUCAAGUCCCCCCGCUGAGAAGAGGGUGCUGUCCCGUCAGGAGGAGCUGAAGGAGAGAGCCCGCCUCCUCCUGGAACAGGCCCGCAGAGACGCCGCCAUGAAGGCCGGAAACAAGAGCGUCCCCAACUCAGCCCUCACUGCACCGAACAGGGCGACCAGCGUCUGUGAUGAGCGCGAUGCAGAGCGGCGGAGGCAGCUGAGGGAACGAGCCCGGCAGCUGAUCGCUGAGGCUCGGUCCGGAGUCAAGAUGUCCGACAUGAGCCUGGACAUCACUGACAGAGGGAAGGGCGGCAAGACUAUCCCUGCUGGAGAUGUUUUGGAUGGAGUGGGAAGUCCUUUUGAGGAUGAUGAUGGUGGGGAAGGUGAAAGGGGUGAGGAAGAGGGCAGGGUGGAGGAAGAGCAGCUCGAUCUUAGUGGUGGUGGUGAUGAUGGUGAUGAUGAUACUUUUGCUGCCACAUCUGCUUCUGCGCUGGUUACUAACCCGCUACCUCUGGAGGAGAAUCUUCCAGCCACCUCCAGCACCCCCCUUCAUCUGGAGCUUACUAACCCCGACUAUGAGCUAACUUCUCUGGGCUCAAACAGUAAGCAUAUGGACCUGAAGCUGAAGAAGCUGGUGGAGGUCAGCCCCAGAAGAGUCACCUCCCCUUCAUCCCCGUCCUCCACAUCUUCCUCAUCUUCACCCACUGCCUCCUCCUCCUCCACGGUCAGCCCUGCAGAAGGACUGGAGAAUAACGCGGAGGAGUUGCGAGCAGAGCGUCUGCGCAGAGCGACGGAGAGGCUGCGCAGCCCGGUCGUCUUCAACAAGGAUUCUGCCGUCAGGAAAACUCAGUUGAAGUCCUUCAGCCAGUACGUGGAGAGCAGACCAGAGGUGAAGAGACAGAAGUCUAUCCCUGAGGAUCUGAGGAAGGCUGAGGAGGACCGAGGUUCACCGACGGACCUCGAUAUUCGCCGGCCAUUUGAAGAGGAGAAGGCGUUCAAAGACACCAGUCAGUAUGUGGUUGGGGAGCUGUCUGCGCUGGAGAGCGAGCAGAGGCACAUCGACGCCCGAGCAGCUCGCGUGGAGAAGAGGCUGCGCUAUCUCAUGGACACAGGCAACAAACAAGAGGAGGAGGAGGCCAUGAUGCAGGAGUGGUUCAUGUUGGUCAACAAGAAGAACGCCCUGAUCCGACGCCAGAACCAGCUCUCUCUGCUGGAGAAAGAGCACGAUCUGGAGCGGCGCUUCGAACUGCUGAACAGAGAGCUGAGAGCCAUGCUGGCCAUCGAGGACUGGCAAGAAGACGGAGGGCUCAGAAGAGGCGAGAGCAGCUGCUGCUUGGACGAGCUGGUCAUCCUGGUCAACAAACGGGACGCGCUGGUGCGGGACCUGGACGCCCAGGAGAAACAGGCCGAGGAGGAGGACGAGCACCUGGAGAGAACGCUGGAGCAGAACAAAGGAAAGAUGGCCAAGAAAGAGGAGGAAGUGUGUGCUUCAAUGAUUGUCCUUUCAGAAAGAACACACAACCGAUAAAUGUAGCCGAUAAAAGAAAUGUAUCAUGAUUAUAAUGAUGAAUAAUAAUAUUAUUGGAUA